AUGGCCCGCUCCGGCUACCAGGUGACCCAGAAUGUGGACAACUUCCUGCGGGACAAGCCCAGCACGCGCCUACACGCGCCACCCGGAGGAGGUUCAUCGGUGGGCUCGCUGAUCUUCGGCGGAGGUGACGGCUCAAGUCAAUUCGCAGGACACGAGCGUCAAUCGAUGCGUCGCAAGGUUGAAAGUCCCGAGCUGGCUAACCCCUACGCGAAGGACAACCGCCGCGGGGGCUACAACGACGCUCCGAACCACUUCAACCAGCCUGCGCCGCACCAGCAAGCGCAGCCGGCAGGACGAGGAGGUGCAUCUUCAAACUCGUACGCUAGCGGCUCCAACCAGAACUGCGGCAACGUGCUGACCGACCGCCGCAUCACGCGGAUCCACGCUCCUCCCGGCGGCGUGUCCUCGAUUCACUUCGGUUAG